ACAUACUUACAGCACAUACUGCUAUACAUGCUCACACACAAACACACAUACACAGUGACGCACACACACACGCACACAUGCAUGUGCAUGAUGCUACACUUAUUUGCACACCAGCUUAGUCUUAUAUGCAAUGCAUGCCUUAAGAUUAAUAUGCUUGCUGUUAUGUGUAUGUUGGAGAACACCAGAAGCAUGCACACACACACACAAACACACUAACACAUGUACACUCACACACACACUCACAUAGGCACAUGCUCACAUACAUACACACACUCAUAGGUACGUACACACACUCACAGGCACACACGCACACACACACAACAUAUGCACCACAUAUAACACACAGACACAUAUAACACACAGAGACACAUAUACCACACAUAUACCACACACACACACACACACACACACACGUACACACACACACACACGUACACACACACACUCUUUGAAACACCAAGAGAGCUGCAGGCACACACAAACUAUCUACAUAUAUGAGAAACCUAACUAGAGAUGUGCACGGCAGCAGCGGCAGCAGCAGCAGCCGCAGUGGCUGUCACAUACCGGCAGCAGUCAAAGUAGAACUCUGCAUCAGGAUGUACGUCUCCAGUUGAGAUGAAUUUACACGGAUAAUAUGCCACAGAAUCAUUUUGACAUUUUGUGAUUACAACUGCAACAGAAAAGAAUAUGCUGCUUUCACUUUGUGUGUUACUCUCAUUCCUAUCCAAAAUUCUUUGUGUAGAUCUUGUUUACCAUGUGGAGGAAGGCAGGAGUCAUUCUACAUAUAUCGGAAAUAUUGCGACAAAUACGAAAUUGCUGGACAAUGUACAAAUGAAAGACCGCAAUAAGGUGUGGUUUAGCAUAAUACAACAGAGUGGUACCGCUGAUAAACAAUUAUUCAAUGUUUCUAAAAAUGGAAAACUUUAUACAGCUCAGGUAUUGGAUGCAGAAUCUCUUUGUUCAUAUGCCAAAGAAUGUUUCAAAACAAUCAAAAUUGCUGUCCGUCAAGCAAAGACUUUUAUGAAGAUUUUAAAGAUAAAAAUUGUCAUCGAUGAUGUUAAUGACCAUCAACCAGAAUUCCCAUUAACACAAGUUAGUAUCCAGUUUUCAGAAAGAGAUGGCAGAGGAACCAAAAUUUCAGUUCCAAAUGCCAUAGACAAAGAUGUAGGUGUUCUUAAUUCCCAGAUUACAUAUCAACUUGAAAAGAGUUCUGACGAACCAUUUGCUUUAUUAUAUUCCAAGAGAAUUGAUGGAACCAGUAAAUUAGAAAUUAUUUUAGAAGAAAAACUUGAUCGAGAAGCAAAAGACCGAUAUGUUUUGGAAGUUAUUGCAAGAGAUGGAGGAUCACCUGUCAAACAAAGCAUUUUGACUGUAUAUAUAGCAGUUGCUGAUGAAAAUGACAACUCCCCAAUUUUUUCACAGAAUGUUUAUAACAUCUCCAUAAGAAACAGACACCAAAAAUCUAUUCCUGUAACAACUCUAUUCGCUAAUGAUUUGGACUCAGGUAAAAAUGGCAAAAUAGUUUACCAUUUUAGUUCAAAAACUUCAGAUGUUGCAAAAUAUCAGUUUAUUUUAAAUCAAGUAACUGGGGAGAUAUUUCUUAGCAAUGAAUUUGAUUUUAAUGAGAAAGUCACUUACAUGCUUUUUGUUGAAGCAACUGACAAAGGAAGUCCUCCCUUAAGUUCCAUUGCUCUCGUUCUGGUAAAUGUUAUUAAUGACCGCAAUAACCAACCAAAAAUUGAUGUCAACUUUGUCUCUGCUCUUGAUGAAAACACUGCUGUAAUAACUGAGGACACUAAAGUUGGCAGUUUUAUUGCAUAUGUAAUGAUUACUGAUGAUGAUAUUGGGCAAAAUGGCAAAGUUAGUUGUAAUUUACAACACGAUAAAUUCCAGCUUUUAACUAUGAAUUCUAAAGAGUUCAAAAUCAUAGUUAAAAAUCCAGUUGAUCGAGAAAAGGAAGAUCAUUACCAAAUUGUAAUUGUGUGCUCUGAUAAAGGAUUCCCUCCUCAAAAGACUGAAAGAGCUUUUUCCAUCCAAGUGACUGAUGUCAAUGAUGUACAGCCUCAGUUUACUAAAAAUACAUUCAAAUUUCUCACUUAUGAAAAUGAGGAACCCAAUUUCCCUGUCGGAUUCAUCAACGCAACUGAUGAAGAUCUUGGACUUGGAAAACGAUUGACUUUUUCUCUGCAAAAUUCAAAUGAUGCAUCCCUUCCUUUUAAGAUAACUGAUAAUGGAUUUAUUUCCACAACACAAUCACUAGAUCGUGAAAGGCAGGAUAUAUACAAAUUUCAAGUGUGGGUGAGAGAUAAUGGAGUACCGUCGCUAAGUAAUAAAGCAAAUGUUAUUGUUGAAGUCAUGGACGAAAAUGACAAUGCUCCUCAUUUCAUUUUCCCAAGUGUUAACCCAUUUAGUCUAGAUGUCUACUAUCAUCCAAACAGUAGAAAUAACAUCUCAGUAUUGAAAGUUGCUGACAGAGAUAGCCCAAGAAAUGCUUUUUUCAAAUAUGAAAUAGUUAAAGGAAAUGAAAAACGAUUGUUUACAAUUGAUUCAUACACAGGUGUGUUGUCUUUCUCUCGUACAGUGUACCAGAAUGAUGCUGGCUUGUAUAAACUACAGUGUGCAGUCAGAGAUAGUGGCACUCCUGUUUUAACUGCGACCACCAAUUUAUCUUUAACAUUGAUAGUUAGCAAUAAAACAUUGAAAAUGAUGAAAGACGAACACAUACUUUUGGAUAACAGAAUACAUGUUAAUUUGGUAAUACUAAUAACUUUGGCAUCUGUUAUUGUAUCAGUUGUUGUUGUCGUUUCUAUAACAGCAUGCAUUGUCAGAUGUCAUAAGAGAAAUGCUCUGCACAUGACUGCAGUAGAUACAUCAAAUCGGUCUUUUAGAGAAAAGAGACACUUAAUCUCUCAAACGAACAAUUCUGCUGUCAUAACAGGAAAUUCAGAUGAGAUGAGAAAUAGAAAUAUUCAGCUGAUGAGGUCAAGAAGUCAGCUUUUCACUGAAGAGGAAUUACAGUAUGAUUGGAAAACAUCUACUAUAACCAGAAAGCUGCCAACACCUACACAGGAUAGAAAAAAUUUGGAGAGCACAGAUUUGUUUGACAUUAGGUAUAUUCCUCGACUUACUGAGAUCCCUAACAAAAGACUUAAUCAAAUGUCUGCCAAACAUGACAGCCCUAUGUCCCCUCACAUGCACUGUGGACCAGUCUGGAGUGGCAAAGAUGGUGAUCAGUACGAAGAAAUAGCAGCUUGCCGCUUGAAAAUGAGGCUUGGAAUGAAAGAAAGUUGUGAAGCAGGAGAAAUCUAAGAUCAAAAAUGAUUCUUCACAUUGCCAGCAACAUGUUUGUCUCUUACGACCAGAAGCAACUCAGAAAUACAAAUCUAUGCUUCCCAUAACAUGUAAUGGACUCCGGAAACAAAAAUGAAAGAGAAACAUAAAAUAUUGCAUAUCACGGAACAAUUUUCCUGACUUUAUUGAUGAUAUAUAUUUAUACACACACACACACAUAUAUAUAUAUAUAUAUAUAUAUAUGUAUGUAUGUAUGUAUGUAUGUAUAUAUAAAUAUAUAUAAUGAAAACAUUUCUUCUGGUAAUAGAUGAAAAUAUUGUCAAAGCGGCUGAUCCAUAUGUCAUCUAUAUUGAGAA